AUGUCUCAUAUGGAUCCAAGUGAUGUCCGUAGCACCGCCCAGCUCAUUUUAUCCAAUGCUCGGCAGGGAAAUACCGCCUAUAACAUGCAAUAUGAUAUGUCUAGAGCACAUUCCAUCAACCUGAUAACAGAGGACUUCUUAGCCGGCUACAUGCAGGAUGGCAGGAUGUCCGUGGUGCGCCGAUUUUUCUGCCUCUUCGUUACAUUCGACUUGGUAUUUGUAUCCCUGCUCUGGCUUAUUUGCAUUGUGAUCAACGGUGACAAUAUAUUCACUGCCUUCCACAAACAGAUCGUGGAGUACACCAUCUACAAAUCGCUCUUUGAUGUCGUGGUCAUCGCCAUCUGCCGCUUCGUGGUUCUCAUCUUUUUCUAUGCGAUGCUGUAUAUCAAUCACUGGUCCAUCAUAGCGCUCUCAACAAGUGGGUCUUGUUUGUUCCUCAUCUCCAAGGUGUUUGUGUUUGACUGGCUGGAUUCUAAGCAACAAGUAUUCGAAGUCAUCCUUAUAAUAACCUCGUUUAUACUGGCUUGGGGAGAAGCAUGGUUUCUGGAUUGUAGAGUAAUCCCUCAAGAACGUCAUGCCCAACACUAUUUCCGAACUAUGACCUCAAAUGAUCGCACCCCUAUGGAUCAGCCGCCUAUUUUGAUAGAGCACGAACGACCUCCGCAAAGUGUUACUGACUUCUAUUCGCCCAUGGACACGGCUCGCCAUUCGGAUGAGGAGGACGAAGAGGAUGAAGAGUUCAACCAAAUGGGCUUGGAUUGCCUGCGAAAAGCCUAUGAAAUCAUUGAAUCCAGUGACUGGAAGGUGGAAAAGGUCACCCAAAAAGGCGACACGAUUCACAGCACUCAGCGGGAAAAGAUUGGAAAGAUCUAUAAGCUGACGGCGCGCAUCAAGUACCCCGCAAAGGCGCUGAUGGAAGAUUUAUUCUAUCGCAUUGAAGACUGCCCCAAGUGGAAUCCUGCUCUUCUAGAGUCCAAAAUAGUGCGGAAAAUCAACUCCUACACCGAUAUAACCUAUCAGGUGUCUGUCGGCGGAGGAGGUGGCAUUGUGAAAAGCCGUGAUUUUGUGAACCUGCGAUCGUGUCGUCUCUUCUAUAAUGGGAAAAUCUGCGAUGACGAUGAAGCGGCUGAACUGAGUAGUGACGAUGGAAGCAGCAGUUUAAAUCGCUCCUGCGAGGGCAGUGUAAGCACGAUUUCUGAUGGUGAUUCGCACACCCCACUGCUGCCUAGCAGCGUGUCCAGUUGUAAGGCUACGUUUCCGAGCUCAUCCAAGGGAGCCCCAGCUGCCUUCGAUACGCUGGGCAACAGUUUGGGUGCCAAGAGCUUGGGUCCCAUUGUAAACUUUGAGGAUGAGCCGCCACCAUUAGAUCAAGACGAGUUCGAGGACGCAAAGGACAAGGUUGAUGGCGAAGCGGAGAACAUGACAAAACCAAAUAUACCCAGCGUGGGUAAGACCAAGGACAAAGUUUGGGUUACCUCGGCAAUUAGUGUGCAAUAUGCAGGGGUUCCACCCUCAUCCAAAUACACAAGAGGUCAGAAUAUUGUCAGCGGCUUUGCCUUUCGUGAGAUCGUUGGGAAGACUGAUAGCUGCAUUGUAGAAUGGGUGCUUUGUUUGGACCUCAAGGGCUAUAUUCCUCGCUAUGUUCUGGAUGCAGCUCUCACUUCCUCCAUGACCGAGUACAUAACCAACCUGCGUAAGCAUGUCAACGAACUGAGGCAACGGAGGCGUGCCCGAGUCCCCAGGUCGCACUAGGAAAUCAACAAACUGUAUUUUACUUUUAAUCCCAUUGUAUCUCAAGCUGUCCGAUUGCUGUCCGUAGCCAGGUAUCUAUUAGAAUAUUUCAAAAAAUUUGAAGCAGGAUAGCAAAUUCAGUGCUGUAAGUUUAUUGAGUAUUGUAUGUAUAUGUAUGGCAUAAGUUCUAUGUACCUAUAUGCACGGCUUACACUAUAAAUUUUUUACAUGACUUUU